UUUUCAACCUUCCAUGCCACUACUGCAUGUUUGUGUCUGUAUAUAUAAACCUGUAGUGAGAAGAAAGAAGAAGAAGCAAGAAAGAAAAAGGGUUUGUGGGAAAUAGAAUUAAGUUGCAGAGAUGUUGGAGGAGAUUACCAAUUUGGCAGAGGUCAGUUUGAAGAGGACUGCUACUACUCACUUUGUGCUGGUGCAUGGUAUCGGUGGAGGAGGUUGGUGCUGGUACAAAAUCCGGUGUCUCAUGGAGAAAUCCGGCUACAAAGUCUCCACGGUUGAUCUGAAGAGCGCCGGAAUAGACCCCUCCAACGUGGAUUCGGUUCUCUCUUUCGACGACUACAACAAACCACUCCUCGACUUCCUCUCUUCUCUCCCCGAAUAUGAACAGGUUGUGCUGGUCGGGCACAGCGCCGGAGGGUUGAGCGUGACGCAGGCGACGCUGAAGUUUCCGAAGAAGAUCCGGCUGGCGGUUUAUGUGGCGGCGACGAUGCUCAAGCAUGGCUACCUUUCUGAGGAAGAUGUGAAAGAUGGAGUGCCUGAUUUAUCCGAAUUCGGUGACGUGUACGAAUUAGGGUUCGGAUUAGGAGCUAAUCAACCACCAACAAGCGGAGUUGUCAAGAAAGAUUUCCAACGCAAAAUCAUAUAUCAAAUGAGUCCUCAAGAGGAUUCGACUCUUGCUGCCAUGCUUUUGAGACCAGGACCGCUCCUAGCUAUAACGACAGCCCAGUUUAAGGAAGAAGACGAUGACCAUGAUGACACGGGUGUGCUUGACAAGGUGCCACGUGUCUACGUGAAGACGUUGCAUGAUCACGUGGUGAAACCGGCGCAGCAAGAUGCGAUGGUCAAGCGGUGGCCGCCGGCGGAGGUCUAUGUUUUGGAUAGUGAUCACAGUCCCUUCUUCUCCCAGCCGUUUCUGCUCUUUGGAUUCCUUGUGAAGGCUGCCGAGGCUUCUCAUUGCAGGGAGAUUAUAUAGAUGUGGCAUGCAUCAAUGCGCAUGGGUCUUCUUUGUUUUUGUUUUGGGGUUUAUAUUUUGCAAUAUAUAGUUAUGUGAUUUGGGAUCAAUGAAGUCUUCUAGUGCAAAGGAAUAUGGAGACUAUUGAAAUAAUGAAGAACAGAAAAAGAUGCAUACAUGCACCUUGUGUUAUCUAUUGAUUUGUACACUUCACUAAUUAUAUGACAAGAUAAAAGAGUCAUAUUUCGUAUAAAAAAA